AUGGAAAGUAGUGCAUGGAUGCAAAAUAUUGGAAACAAGCAACGUGGCAAAUUCGUUAUGCUUUUGUGUGACGUAGACAAUCCAAAUGUGAACUACGCCAUGGAUUUCCUUUCACUUAAGCGCGAAGGUCUUCCCUAUGUACGCUUAUUUGUAAAAUCGACCAAUAGUGUAUACAAAAUGGAAGACAGUUUUGAUGGUGAGAUUAACGAAGAGAGUGUGACCGCCUUCAUGAACGCUUUCGAGGAAGGAAAAUUAAAAUCCACUGUGAAAUCUCAAGAAUUGCCUGAUAAUUGGAAUGCGACAUCGUUGAAAACUCUUGUGGGAAAUAAUUUUGCUGAGGUUGUGCAAAAUAAGACGAUGAAUGUGCUCGUGCUUCUCCAUACAGCCGAAACAUCUUACACUAUACCAGUAUUCGAGAAAAUAGCCGAACUCUAUAAAGAUGUGAUAAAUAUUCUUAUUGCAAAGAUGGAUGCGGAUCAUAAUGGUAUCGCCCCACCUUAUAAGCCAGCCGAGAUGAUUCCUUCCGUCCGAUUGUACGAGGAAACUACGAAUAUUGAAAGGAUUUACGAAAAGGAUGAGAUUACUGAAGAAGGAAUCACGACGUUCAUUGAACAAACCACAGGAAUAGUGGCAAAGCGUGAAGAAGUUCAACAAGUGAAGCCUAAACCAAUAAUUUCAGAUCUUGGAUCAGAGCCAGAGAAACACGUAGAGUUGUAG